AUGACGACCGCGGCGGCGCAGGUGCCCCGGGCGAAAUUCAUCGAGGAUGUGAACUCGUACAUGAAGGGCAAGGAGGUGGACCAGGUGCUGAUGCAGAUGCAGUCACAGCUGCGGGAGUACAAGGUGAUGGAAAGCAAGGUGCUCAUGGAGGUCCGGCGCCUGUCCACGAAGCUCCCGGACCUGCAGCGGAACCUCGACAUGGUCAAGCUCCUCAUGGACAAGAACGGCGAGGAGGUCAAGGCGGACUUCCAGCUCGCGGACCACGUGUUCGCGAAGUCGUCGAUCCAGGACCCGCAGGGCGUGAUGCUGUGGCUGGGGGCUGACGUGAUGCUGGAGUACCCCCUCGCGGAGGCCAAGGAGCUGCUGGAGGCGCAGGUGGCCAAGUGCAAGGAGCAGAUGGAGGAGAUGCGCGCGGCGCUGGACGUGGUGAAGGACCAGGUCACCACGACGGAGGUGGCCAUUGCGCGUAUCUACAACUACGACGUCGAGGCGCGGCGGGCCGCGAAGGAGAAGGAGGGCGAGGCGUCGUGA